UUCUUCUCUUCUGAUUGGUUUGGACAAGCCCCAAUCGUAGCAAAAAGCUCGAAAGAUAUGUAGAGGUUGGCAAAUGGGACAUUCGAAUGGUUUAUGGGUCAUUGUCGACAGAUAAAAUGGUACAUAUUCGUCUUACCUUUCUACUUUCUUGGCAAAUUUUACUUAGAUUUUAAAACCAUUAAUUAACACCAAAACUGUCGUUUGUGUAGCCUUUAAAAAGUAUACUGCACUUAAAUUAGAAAUUUCUUUUGUCCGUUAAUCAAAAUAAUUAGUUUGAAGUUAAUGAGAUAUACUAUGCUAAUAUAUAAUUUAUCGUCAAUGCAUGUACCAAUGUCACUAGGCUCAUAACCAUAUAGGAGACGUAUUUUGUAACCAUUGCGCCAAUGAAAAGUUGGCUUAUUGGUUAAAUUCGUAGAUAACUUAGUAGAUAUUUGAGAGAGCACAUGUUCAAAUAUUAUUGGAAAGAGUAUUCUCCCCACAGAAGAUUUAAAUGACAUAGCCAUCGUUCUAAGAGAAUGUACGGGUCAAGAACCUCUUCAUUAUCGUCAUUAAUAAGAACAAUAUAUCACUUUCUUUAGAUGUCACACAUUAGUUGCCGUUAGAGAACAUACAUGUGUUUGAUCUUUCAUCAUACAUGCGAGUAGUACAUAUUCAAACAUAACAAGAAACUCGGAAAUCAGAAAACAUUUUUCUUUUUUUGCCACGAUCAGAAAACAUUUUUCAUAAGUCGUUUUUUGUAUUCGUAUUUGAAAUCAUUGUUUCGUGAUUGUACUACUCAUCUCACACAUUUGAUGUUGCAAACCCUGAAAAUUUACAUUCUGAAGUUUUAAAUUUGUUGGUUGUUGUUCAAGUCUUGCAUUAAUAUAUCUUAGUUAGGUUUGUUUGAUUCUUGCAUGACUCACUCUAAUCACCGUUCGUAAGAAUAGUUGUGAACUCUGAUACUAUUAGGUUUGGUAUUCAUGUCCAAUCAAGAAUAAUAUAUAUAUACAUGAUAUUUUAUAUACCUUCACAAUUUUUUGUCCUCGGACCAGAAUAUUGCAAAGUGGAAAAUGUCAAUCUGUUGGUUCCAUGAAGCUUGUGUCAGUUACAGUUGUAUCUCUUGCAAAACAGUUCUAACUUGUUAUCAAUACAAUUAUAUCCAAAAAUCAACAUCGUCGCUUUAGAAAAGAAAACCACCAUCUUAUCAGUGGUUUAAAAGCACCAAUCCAAUCUACGUCCAAUUUUAAACUUCAAAGACGUCGGUGCAUGAACUACUUCUUUUACAAUAUGGCAUCUACCGAGAAUAUUAUUGGUCGGCUGUUGUUUCUUUUACUUAAAUAGAAAGCUAUUAUAAUUGUAGAAGAUGAGAAUAUUUUCUUUUCAUUAUUCAUGAUAGUAACACCACUAGAUGAUACUAAAAGCUUCUUCUUAUGUUAGUGUUUUUUCUAUAAUAGCUACUGUUCUAUUAUUCAACUCUUUAUUUAACAUAUCAUUGACUACCACUUUUAAAUGUACUAAUAGGGUUGUUCAGUUGUUCUUCGUAUUAUUCGCUCUCCAACAUUGUGAUAAUGUAAAUGACUAAAUGUAUAUAUAUACGUGUAAUAAGAGUUAGGUAAAAUAAUCAGAUCUCCUACUUGUAGUUUUGGUAUGAGUUAGUAAACUAAAACUUUAAGGUAUCCUUAAUUAAUUCGAUCUCUAUUUCUGUUAUAAUUACUAAUGUAAAAGGUUGACUGUAGAAAAAAAGGAAAAAUAUGUGGUCAUGAACUCAUGAUAUUACUUUGUCUAGCAGAACAAGAUCAUAUAGAUACACGUAGAGUAGUGAACACAAUAAUAUACAAAUUUCAAUACACCUUAUGCUUAUUGUUCAAUAACCACAAAAAAACAUACUUCAACACACCUUACUAAUCUUUUGAAGGAUCAAGUGUGAUACAAAUAUCCAAUAAAUUAGUACACAUAAAAAACGAACAGUUUUAUAAAAAUACAUUUUACUGUAUGUACGUGGGCCGAUCGGUAUUCAAACAAACAUACUUUAGCAGUUGAAAGAUUUCAUGUUCUAUUUGGUGUAAAGAUUUGAUUGGACAGAAAAGAAUAAGGUAGUUUGGAAAAGAAUACAAAGAAAUCUUCAAUUAGGUUUCAGUCAGUCUCCACUCGCACGGUGCUAUCUUGCUUAUAAUAUGACGAAUAUUCGUUUUCCAGCUAUAUGAAGUAGUCAUCAUGCAUAUUUAAACACUUGAUGAUACUUUUUCAAUAGCCACUAUUUAAUUUUAUAAUUCGUUGACAUAAAAAAGCUCUUCAAAUAGCGAAAAUAAUUAAAUUAGUUUUAGAACCAGUGAAGUGAUAAAAUACUUUAUUAUUUGUAUAUAUAGGUUACACCUAAAAGUAAACUAAAUUGAAAUCAUUAAAAACAAAUCCCAAAUCUUAAGGUCUAGUCCACGUUAUAAAUACACACUCAUCCCUUGUACUCCCGUUCAUCUUUGCCCCCUUCUCUCCCUCACACACACAGUUUUUCUGUUUCGCUCUGUUUUUGUUUUCUUUUACUCUCACAACAUGUCAGUGGUUGGCCAAGCUUACGACCAUCUUCUCAAGAAGCAGAUAAGCCAAAACGCUGACGUGGGUGGAUGGAGUUUCCUGCAAUCUCUCUGUGAAACCAAAGGCAUUGUCCGAAACAGAGAAGACCAAACAAAGAAAACGUCUUACGUCCACCCAACUGAUCAGAAGCUGUUCGUAGCUAAACUUAGCCUCGAGAUGUGCACAGAGAGUCUCGGUACCGAGAGUGGGAGUGAAACUGGAGACGAGAUCUCGUUGCUUGCGCUGGAAGCAACCAAUAUACCAAUGCUUCCUGUUAAAAGAACACCACGAGAAGAAACUUACCCUAAAGUACGUGAAAACAGUUUUCCCCCGCCGUUAAAAUCCGUGAAAGGGUUUAACCAUAGCCGCAUGGUGAAAUCUUAUACAGAAGAUGGUCGUCUUGUAGUUCAAGCAAUUAGGGUUUGCUCACCGCCUCGUUGCUUUGUAUCUGAACGUUGUGAAGGAAGGCUUCGUCUCUGUUUGUCAGAGAGUUCUUUACUUAGCCACGAUGGGAAUGAGCAGUUUGAAGACAACGAGAAUGGACUAGAAGAUGAUGCAGAGGAGGAGGACGAGGGUAAAAUCGGAAAUAACAAAUUUAGAAGGCCGAGAAGGAGAUGCAAUGAAAAUGGAUGUGAGCCUAAAACCAUGCAUAAAUGGAAGCAGGAACAAUUUUGGGUGACUACAUGAUGGGAAACUCAAGUCAGCAAUUUUUAUAUUUAAUACAAUAAAGGCCAUACAAUAAUUACAUAUAUAACUAUGAUUUAGUAUGGCUUAUGAGUGUUUUCUACGUCCCAUUGUUUUACUGGCUACGGCUUCCAAUUCUACACUGAUACUAUAUAUUUUUCAUUUUAAAAGAAAAUUUCUCAUCUAAAAAAAAAUUGUUUUAUAAGUCAUAACUCAUUUAAUUUUACUUAGUACAAGGUUAUGCCAAGAUUCGGAGUCAUAUCUACACAGUAAGUUAAUAAUCUUAUUCGGACUCGUCCGUUCAAUCUUAUUUGAGAAGAGUUUGUAUUCUAGUGGUCCCUUUUUUCACUAACGUUUGUUAGAGAUCACAUGCUCGACUCUCUUUUAAUGCUGUGGUACUAUGUCUUUGUAAGAAAGGUUUUAAAGAUCUGGAAUGACACUUUCGAUCAAAUGCUAUCGCUCCCGCCGCCUGAAGCACAACGGAAGUUAACUCUCAUUGCAUGGCAAGCGACUCUCUACUGGUUGUGGAAUGAGAGGAAUGGACGACUACACUCGAACAUCUUUCGCUCCACUCACCAGAUAUUUAGACUCUUGGAUGCUCAACUAAGAAACAAGCUACAGAGCUUCCGCAACACUAACCCGGCCAGAUCUUCCACCAUGAUGCAGAGCUGGUUCCGCUUUGCCUGAAUUCUGUUCACCAUCACCGGCUUCACCCAACUCACCCUCGACACUCUUGAUACUUCGAUGAUUUCAAAGACUCGAGUAAACUGAAAAGACCAACUGGGCUUCUAUCCUGGGCUCUACCUUACUCUAUCUUGGGCUCUUAGAGGGCUCUUUAUGUGAUUCUACUAAGCAUGAGUUAUAACUAUAGCCAAUGGGCUUGUAAAACAUUUUGGAUCUUUUCUUUAAAUUUAAGUAAGCAAGUUACAAAAAAAAAAAAAAAGAUUUUAAAGGUCGCCUGUAUACGGUGGGCAAUAGUCAAUAUAAAAUAAAUUUCCUUUGCACAUAAAUUAAAAAUUUCCCGAAACAGUUUAGUUUACCAAAAAAAAAUACGAGAAAUGAUGAUUGAUCCUAAAUCCAUGAAGUGAUAGUUAAAUUAAAACUAUCAAAAACAGAUACUCCAUCUGGUUUAAAAUGACCAAUGUUAUAGAAAUUAUUAUUUCAAAAAUAAUUUUUUUUUACAUUUCAAUGCAUAUUUGAUUAGGUAAUAAUGAAAAAUUGUAAAUUUAGAAAAACGUAAUUGUAUUUUUUGAUUUUUUUUGUCUACAAAAUAAUUUAUAAUGCAUUUAUAAACAUAAUUUUUGUCUAGUUGUGCAAAAUAGUUAAUCAUACAAAAUAAUGCAUUUAUAAUCAGAAUUUUAAUGUGUUUCUUAAUAAAUAUAAAAACUUCAAAAUGUACAUUAUUUUAAAACGCAGAAAGUAAAACUAAUGUGAUUUGUAUAGGUAACAUCUAAUAAAGUUUCGUGAAUAAAAUAAAUGGAUCCGAAGGAGAAGAAAUUUGGGUAUGUGACUGGAUGAUAUUAUGGAUCUUAAGGAGAUGCGAUUUGUUUAGGCUACUAAUAAUCUUACGGAACCUAAGGAGAUGUUAUUGAACUAAUGAGUUCAAUGAAAUUUAAUGGAAUUUAAAUUUAAAUUUAAAUUUAAAGUGGAAUUCAUUGUUAUUGGAUUGGGUAUUUGUUAGAUGUAAUUUAAAAUGAACUAAUUUUAUUAAAAUAUUUAUAUUAUUUUAAUUAUAAAUAACUUUUAUUAUUAUUUAAAAAUAAGUAAAUAUAAUUAAAAUAACUACUUCAUCCGUGGUGGGGCGAGUUUGACCUGCUUUCCAAUCCUAUUCACGGUUCUCUAUUAUUCACCAAGUAUUACAUGACAUUCUAGCUUUUUCAAGCUCGUAGGUGAACUACAUUUAGGUUUUCAUAAAACCUUGGAUGUGUUGGGAUCUUAUUCUUCGUUUUAUUUAAAUUUGAGUACAUUGUUAAUUGUAAAACUAUGUUUGGUCUAUGCUAAUAAUGCCUCGCUAAAUUUUCUGCUAGAUAGGGUCACGUAAUCUCACGAUUACAAUUUGAUAUUGAGCCCACUUGGGGUAAGAAUAAGAUAAACUAAUAAAAUCUAACCACAAAAAUUUCUAACUUGGGUUGGUUGGUGAAGGUUGUUAAGAAGAACUGGCACCGUUGAUCAUUUUUUUUCUCUCCCUUUCAAUAUCAGGGAUAGUAGACGACUAUAGAUUAAAAAAAGUUUUAAAUACAUUUUUGCCAUAAAAGGUUGGAUAUGAUUUAUAUCAUCUCAAUGUUUUUGUUUGUCAUAUUUUUUUAUAUAAAUUUUAGAUCAAGACGACAUAUUUAGUUAGUAAUCAUAAGAAAUCCGAUGAUGAAAUUAACAAGAAAAAAAAGCUAAGCAAACAAAAAGAUAGAAAUCUAAUAUUAUACAUUCAUAUAUUUUUCUUUACUAAACAAAAACUUGGUUGGAAUUUAAAUGUAAAAGUUACAAGUGUGGUGAUAUACUCACUGAAUAUUAGUUGCAAUAUUGUUUUGGAUUUAAAUACGUUUUUAACAGGUUCUCUGUAGAAUUGGUUUAUAGCAAGAAAAACAAAGUUACAAAACAAACUAUGAAAUUCGAAUUUGUAGUUUAUGUAAAGCCCUUCUUUACUUACAGCCGUUAUGGUAUUUGUACGGAACAACUUAAACUAUAUCAUUAAAUAUAACAAUGUGAUUAAAUAUUAGAGAGGCGUUUACCCAAAUACAACUCAUCCCACUCCCCCAACAUGAUCUCCUUGAUCUUUCUUAUAAACUAUAUAAUUUUAUUUUGUCAACUGAAAUUACUAAUUUAUCUGCAGAUAAACAAAACAAUAUAUAUAAAAUACUUCUGAAUAUUUUAAGGUAAAAAGUUACAGAUGGUGAUUUUAUUAACAUUGAUGUUACCAUAUAAUUACUAUGCCUUUCAUAUGAAUGGUGUGAGUCAUAGGUAAAGAUAAAAAAAUUUAGUAGUCAAAAGUCAUAUGAAAAGUAGUCAAGUAAGUUCCAUUAAUGUUAACGUUACAACAUGAUUACCAUGCGGUUUAAGGGAAUAAUUGACCAAGAAACUUUCUAUAAUGUAAAACUAUAUGACUAUUUUGUUUUGUUUUGAAAAUUUGAAAUGAAAGGGUACGUAACUCUCAUUCCAUCCUCCUAAUAAUGAAGUCAAGAAGCCAAAUAGUCAAAUCAUAAUUUUCCUUUUUCUGUUGUCAAAAAAAAUGUAAUUUUCAGUAAAAACAAAAAAAAACAAUAAAUGGAGGCAUUAAAAAUCUUAUAAUAUAAUCUGAAGAAAUAAUAAUUAGCAUUCCAAACAAUUUAUCGUCAUCUCUUCUCCCUUACUUUACAAACUCAUCGUGACUAAUAUAUAUAUAGUUAAGUUUCAGGUUAGAAGUUGGGCAAAAUCAAAUCUCUUCUCCCGUCUUUUAGUCCUUUUCUUCUUCAUCGAAGAUUAAAAUGGGAGAUACUAUGGGUCACAAGCAUCAGUUGCAGAAGUCGGUUCCUGUCAAGAACCACAAUCACCUCGGCAGCGGUGGAUUACGUCGACCCGGUGCACCUCCUCUCAGAGAUUUGAACUAUAAUACAAGGCAAAUGCAGCAAAACAAUUGGCAAAUGAGUAAAGGAGAGGACCGAAUGCCAGCAUUUCCCUUGGGCCGUGCAUCUUCUGGCACUGGAGUAUAUUUUCCCAGAAUCGCUUCGCAUCCGCCAACCAAAAAGACAGAAAUUCGUGAAGAUGAUUCGAAGAAGAAGGAGAAGAAGAGCGAAACGGUGGAAACUCCCUUUGAUUCGCUGGAGAAACUUCUCCCGGAGGAAUGGACUUAUUAAUGACCUGACCUUGGUGCCGUUGACCAAUUGUACUCAUUAAUGCGAAGAAGUAGAGUCAAAUAAAAAGAAAAGGAAAGAUUCUCAUGUCGUGUCUGUUUUGUUACCAUUGGGUUAGUAAUAAUAACCAAAAAUAAGAUCAACCCGUUUGUGACUGUGAAUAUUCAUAAUGUGAUAAUUUUCAAUUUGCAAA